AUGGCUUCCGGAAUUUCGACACGAGCUUCCGAGGUUGCUCACUCGGGCGCAACCAACCUUAUGUGGGAUGUCAUGAGUGAUUCAUGGUGUCCAGCAACGAAUCCCCAAGGUUACGUCAAUGUCGGAGUGGCCGAGAACUUCCUCAUGCAUUCCACACUGUUGGAGUUCAUCAACAACAAGCUAGAUCUCCCAGCAAAGUAUCUGACGUAUAACGACGGGGGACACGGGUCUGUACGGUUGAGACGAGCAAUCGCGCAAUUCCUCAGCCGACACCUUCAUCCAGUCAAACCACUGGACGCCAACCAAGUCGUGGUAACGAACGGCGUAUCGACCGCCAUUGAACAGAUGUCAUGGUGCCUGGCAGACCCCGGCGAAGGCAUCCUCCUGGGAAGACCCUACUAUGGAACUUUCAUCCCGGACAUCUCCCUGCGCCCAGGCUCAAAGGUCGUGCCUGUGAAUUUUGGAGAAUGUGAUCCGUUCAGUCUCGAGGCGGUGGACAAGUAUGAGGAGGCAUUGUUGGAAUUCCAAGAACGCACCGGCAGCAAAGUCAAGGCUGUCAUGCUCUGCCACCCUCACAACCCCCUCGGCCGGUGCUAUCCGAGAGAUGUGCUCAUCAAACUCAUGCGCUUCUGCCAGAAAUACCGCAUCCAUCUGAUCAGCGAUGAGAUAUAUGCCCUGUCGGUAUGGGAGAACACGGUCGACGACUCCCCGCCCGCCGUGCCGUUCGAGUCCGUCCUCUCCAUCGAUCUCCGCGGGAUUAUUGAUUCCCAGCUGGUCCAUGUACUGUGGGGCAUGAGUAAGGAUUUUGGUGCAAACGGACUGCGACUCGGAGCGAUUAUCUCCCAAGGAAACCCCGAGCUCCAUAUGGCGCUCAAGGGCACCACGAUCUACUCCUAUUCAUCCCAGGUCGCCGACCACCUGACGUCCCUGGUGCUGGAGGACGAGGCAUUCACGGACGAAUACAUACGACUCAACAGGGAGAAGCUUUCUGCAUCGUAUACAUAUGCAGCCAAAUACAUGACAGAUUGCGGCAUCGAGUACGCCCCUGGUUGCAAUGCAGCAUUCUUCCUCUGGGUGAACCUGGGGAAGAGAUAUCGAGAACUCCACCCCAAUGAAAGCGAGAGCGAGGAUAUUGGCGACAAGGUCAUGCAGCGGUUGCUGAAGCAUAAAGUUUUCCUGGCCAGUGGCGCGCUGUUUGGAUCUGAGAAGAGUGGAUGGUUUAGAAUAGUCUUUUCGCACUAUCCGGAAUACCUAGACGAAGCUUUGCGAAGGAUUGUUGCAGCUUUGGAAGCCUAG